UUCUGAAAAGCCGAUGGCGGAACCAAGCCCCGGGGAUGUUCGAAUGGAAGGCAGUGGAACGUCACCUUCGGCAGCUGCUCAUGAACAACCGAUGGCGACAAGCCCCUGUGGUAUUUCACUGGAGGGUACCAGCGCGUCACAUUCCAUAGCGGCCUGUGAGCAAAUGGGGAUGGCCAGCUCUCCUGGCCAGCUUUUGGACCACAGCACUCCAUCUUCGUCUGUUGGCUAUUCUGAAUCAUCUGGAACCUGCUCUGGUCGUUCAACACCUGCUUCCGCCAAGCUCUCAAGGAGGCCCAGGGACGUCAUAAAACGCCUACAAGCAAAGGUUUCCAGUUACAGAAAGACAAUAUCAAGACUGCGCAAGCAACAGAAGCAAAUGCCUCAAACAGCUGCCGAAGCACUUGAAAUGGUGCGUCCGUUUGUGACAGACGAGGUUUUCGGACUUAUCUCGUCACAUGUAAAAUUAGGGCGCAAGGGACGAGGAAAACGGUUUCCACUGUGGCUCAAGAAGUUUGCUUUGCAUCUGAACUUUCAUGGCCCACAGGCAUACCGUUUUCUAUCGUUACAUUUAACGCUUCCCACUCAGCGUUCACUGCGUAGGUGGCUGUCGAACGUAAAAAUGACUCCUGGUAUUAUACCUGGUGUCAUGUCCUCCAUCGAAUCUCAAACGCGGUCUUGGAAUGCACGUGAUCGUGUCUGCACCUUGAUUUUUGAUGAUAUUGUUUUGAAGAAGAACUUGACAUACGACCCUGCACACGACAUUAUCCAUGGAUUUACAGAUGACGGUGUUGAACGAACCUCGACCAUUGCAGAUAGAUUGGAGCAGCUUCUGCAAACGAAGCAGCCCUCGCAAGAAUACUUCCUCAUCUAUGCAAAAGCUGGAGUGUAA